UUCCUCUGCCCACAGCUCUGCUCCCCCAAACCCCGAGCAGACUCCAACCGUAUCAACCAUGAAGGGACACUACACUAUCUGGGCGCUGCUCUUGGUUCUGUGUGGACUGCUGCCGUUAUACACAAAGGGUGGACAACAGAUGCCAAAACUUUCAGACAAGAAGCUGUGUGCUGAUGCAGAAUGCAGCCAUCCCAUCCUUAUUGCCAAAGCCAUCCAGGAUUAUUAUCCCCAGGACUGUCGCUUCAUUCCCAUCCACCAAGGCCAACUCGUCUAUGUCUAUUCCAUGCUGAAAGACCGGGGCAACCUCUUUUGGUCUGGCAGUGUCCAGGGAUCAUACUAUGGUGACCAGGAGGCUCGGCUUGGCCAUUUCCCCAGCAGCGUAGUUGAAGAGACCCACGCUUUAAUGCCGGCUGAAGUUGAGGUCAAAACAAAUAAAUGGGACUUCUACUGCCGUUGAGAUGCUGACAUCCUCCAAUGAGAGAACAUUAUUUUCUUGCACUUUACAAGUUCUGCUAGCAUGGCAUGCAUUGUUUUUCUAACACACUGGCUUAUGGACUGGCUUCCUUAAAAACCCAUUACUCUAGAACAAUUAAGAAAAAAAUCAUGUUUUAAUUAAGCUUAAUUAAAAAAAGUAGCUACACAUUUUUUAUAUUGUUUAAUAUCAAAUAAACGCCAGCUGCUACUAA